GGAGAUAGGCACAGUUUGAUUUCAUUCGUCUACAGUCCUAGAACUAUCCCAAUCAUAGAGUGAGGGGUUCGUGAAACAGUUUAACUGUGUGAUCUGUUUUCUUCGCAAAACAGAUUUACUCAACAAAUAGCAUUACCAGUGAUUAGUUAAUUCGGUGUGAAACAUUCCCAAAAAAAUAGUCCAAAAAUGAAAAUGUUCAAGUGUUUACUGGUGAUAAGCUGCCUGGUUUCGGUGUCCCUUGCCCACAGUGCUUCCGCGGCGCAAUCGAUCAAUUCGAACACGAUCGACGACAGCAAAGAUCCGCAGCAGCAGCAGCAAACUCCUCGCUCUGGAUCGUACCUCGGCGAGAUCAAAUACCUGUACAAAACGUACCAGGACUGUGCGAACGCUGAUGUGUCCACCUGCUUAAAGCUUAAACUGUUCACCAUUCUGGACCGUGUGGCACGAUCACUUAAGGAUUUCAAAAUUUCCGAAGGAAUCAAAUUUGUCCGUGAUCAGGAUGUUCCAAUCGAUAGUACCCCGGUGAAGAGCGAAGCUCAGAUCGAGACGGAGUUGCCACGCUCGAUGGAUGAGAAGGAACGCUCCCUGAACUCGAUGCUGUUCGAUAAGGUCCUUUCCUUCUUCCAAACACAUACCUUGCAGGUUAAGUUCCCAUCCAGCGAGGAGAUCAAGCGCUCUAUGGACGCAGUUCGCGCUGGAGGCGGCGGUCUCGGCGGUGGUCUCGGCGGUGGUGCUGGAGGAUAUGGCGGCCUCGGUGGUAAGGACAAGGACAAGAAAAACGGACACUGGAUCAUGAUCCCGCUGUUGCUUGGAAGCACCCUGGUUCCACUUGCCUUCGGUGCCCUAGCUUUGCUGGCCGGUAAAGCUUUGAUCGUAUCCAAACUCGCUCUUGCACUCGCCUCAAUUAUCGGCAUCAAGAAACUCAUCUCCAGCGGCGGUGGCCAUCACGAAUCGGCCCAUGAAGUCGUUGUCUCGGGAGGCCAUGGUGGCGGCUGGGGUCGUAUCGGUUCCACCCAACCACUAGCAUACAACGGCUACGGACACUACGCCCAGUAAUCCAGGCGUACGGUUUGGGAAACUGCAAUGCGCUAAGCCAAAGCUUGUCAACGAUGCUCACAGAUACAGACACAACGACACACAUACACACACAUACACGCACACAUACUGAGAAAAAGACCGCGUAAUUCAGGGAACCACCUGAUGAUCGAAAAAAGGAAAAUCCAAAAGUUUUGUUUGUUUUUGCGUUACCUCAUCUAUUUCUGUCUCUUUCUGAUCUGUAAGCAGCAAAAAAUGGGGAUCGAAUCGUUCCAGCUCCUAGUUUUUUUUUUUUUGACAGAACAAAUGAGUCUUAGCAUUUUUUAAAAAUAGAUUUUAAAAACUUGCUAACAUAUUUAUUUAACUUAAUUGUAAUUUAAUUUAUUACACUCGAAGAACUGAUUAUUUAUUUAAUUAAGUCUCUUAAGAUUCGUUUGUAGAAAACCGAAUAAACUAAAGUGAUCAAAUGAAAA